AACAUUGAUUUUCAAUAACGAAACUAGUUCCGUUUUAGAAUACUAAAAAGAUAAACUUAGUCCACUUUAAAUAGACCAGGAAGUGUAUCGUAUGUAGCCGAGCGUAAACAAAGAUCUGUGAUCGUCUGAUUGGAAUUAACUGAGAAGCAUUACAAUGUAGGAUACUCAAGAAUUGAUGUAAUGGCACAGACCAGUACUGGAACAUCUGCGUCACGUAUCAGCGAGGCAUUCAGCUUCCUCAAGGAAUACCAGCUAGGAACGGCCUUUGAAGAUACCAAACCUGAUAAGAAUUGCUACAGUGGUCAUAAUGGUUUGGUUAAUGGAGAAAAGGAGGAGUUUACCAUCGUCACCUAUGUAGAUAACAAAGGUACCACAGAAAAGUCUCUCAACAAAUCCAAAAAUUCAGAAAAUUGGAAAAAGGAGGCUAGAUCAGUUUUGGGAAAUGGUGCUAACAAAUUAAGUAAUCACAUCACUGCAGCUGGUUUGAACCAUGAACGUAAUGUACCCUCAGCAAGAAGUUUGGUCAAGGACUCUUCUGAGGGGGGAAAGACGAAGUUACAUGCUGAAGAGACUAGUCAGAAAUCAAGUGCUCAACAGAGGUCUGAUUGUGGUUGUCAUGACACAAGCCACUGUUCAUGUGAUGAAAGCAGCUCUAAAGAUGAAAAGGUUGUGAUGAGAAAACACAGAAGUGGAGAUGUAAAUAACUUGGUUAAUAAAUCCUUAGACACUAAGUGUUCAGAUUCCAAGGGCAUUUUGUCUGAAGCUUGUAGUCCCUCUUCUGCAGACAGGGAAGAAGCCAACCAAUCACGGAGGACUGGAGAAGUUGUAAGUGAUGCCUUCGAUUUCCUGAAGGAUUUAGAAGAUGGUCAACAUCCACAUUACCAUGACACUGUUACCAUGGUAACAGGAGGAGAGGACAAAAUCUUCAACAAACUUUCUAUGGUUAGUGAGAUUUCUGAGAAGUCUAAUUCCUUGAAUGACAAGUCUAUCACAAGCAAUGACAGUAGUGACAAUAUAAAACAUGGACAGGACAAGUCAGAAAGUCCUGCAAAAGAGCAAGUCAAAGUUCUCAGGAGACAACGGAACCUGUCGAGUGAUUCCCUGGAUAAUUCAGAAGAGUCCUCAGAUGAAGACACAGGUAUAUAUAAUGAAAGCUAUAGAAAGUCUGUAUGGCUGUGUAUGCCAGAAGAAAAGUCACCCCAGUCGUUACAACCACCCAGCAUAGCAGAGGAGCAAGAAUCUGAUGAAGUGUUUCUCAGAAGCAAUGAUACAUUACAAUUUGAUAAACCACACAAAAGAUCUGACUCCACAACAACAACUAAGUCAGAGUGCGAAUUUAAACAUGAAUAUCGCAUCCGACGGAAAUGUAUGGUGCAUCGCCAUGACAGUCAGCAAGAAUAUCAUCGUCUAUCGGCAAAAUUAUAUGAACAAGAAAAAGUGGUUGUGAUCACAAAAGAGGACCAGGACCGAGAUUUUGGCCUUCAUAUAUACGACAGUCAUCCGGCAUUCAUAACAGAGGUGGACAUGGGAAGCCCUGCCUGCAGAGCAGGGAUAAAACCAGGUCAGAUACUUAUUGGUGUUAACGGAGUCAAUGUUCUGGAAUCAACUCAUGAGGAAAUUAUCAAACUGAUGCAAAAAGAUCCGAGCAUGGUGAAGAUAGAAGUGGCUGCUGGGAAUGAUGUUCAUUACAUUAGGAAUGCCCAGACACCUGUACUGAGUGGUUACAUGUACAAACAGAGUAACUCCACGUUUGUCAAGAACUGGAGGCGGCGGUUCUUUGUACUGAGAUACGACAACUGUCUGUACUACUAUAAAGGAGAACAGGAGCAGGACCCUCUAGGAGCAUUCCCUCUGCUGAAUUACAUUGUGUCCAAACAUACUGACUCUAGCAGAGAGCAUUGCUUCAAGGCAGAGAAGUUUGGAGCCAGAACUUACUACUUUAUCCCUGACUCAAGGGAGGAGAUGAUCAAUUGGAUCUCAGCAUUAAAUGAAGCAGCUACCAGAGCCAGAGAGAAGAAAGACUCCUGGAUGGAUGUGACUGCCCACAAUGUAGGACUCCCUGCUCUAGACAUUAAAAAGCCGGAGUGUUCAGGGUAUCUCUCCAAGUGUGGGGGCGCUGUCAAAUCCUGGAGAAAACGAUACUGUGUGCUCAAAGACGCCUGUAUAUAUUAUUAUAAAAACAUCAAUUCUUCAAGUGCUCAAGGUAUGGCCCAUCUCCAUGGUUACAAGGUGGACCAGGUCCCAGGUUCCCCGAAGAAACACAACUUUAUCCUCAGACCCCCGGAGCCUCAGAUGCGAACAUUUAGUUUCUGUGCCGAGAAUGAGACUGAUAAAAACAGGUGGAUGGUUGCUAUGGAGAAGUCAAUACAACGCUGGAUAAAGGUUGACUAAAGCCAGAAUCUAAUGGUCCCUGAAUAUAAAUUACAUCUUUGAAAUCUUUUCCUUAACCUUGAUGUAUGGAUCAAGCUAGCAAGCUGUCUGAGUGAAGGAAUUAGCAUUUAACAAAAAUUGUAAAAAGCAUAAUAUUAUAUUUUUGGUUUAGACCCAGGAUUGAGGCUGCAGACAUGUACACCCCUCAGACCCAGGUCGGAGCUUAUCAAGAUUAAUCUCGUGUUGAAUAUUUUUUACAGAGUACCUUAGUUUGAAAAGUAUCUGUCACAGCUAGUGGUUAUUACAUACUCUACAAGCAAAAACUAUGUGUCUUAAUUAACUAAAUCACGGUUCAUAUAUAAUUUGUAUCGCCAGGGUAAACACAUAACAUAAAGUUAACAUUGUUUAGUGUAGUUUGUAAUUCACCUUAAGAUUACUUUACUCCUGAACAUCUAGAAGACAAAUCAUGUAAUACGACAAUGAACAUGAAGUCCUCACUAUGUUAAUAAUACUAAAAUCCAUGUUAUGUCUUCAAAGUCCAUAUUCAUGUCCCAGGGCAGGGCGGAGAAGUCAAAUCCUGAUUUAGACCAUCAAGGCCCAUAGGAAUUUUCCUUUGAAUUCUAAAAAAGGGCUAAGAAUAUUCUGAAAUAUGUUUCACGUAAAUGUAUCUAAAAAAAAAAAAAAAAAGAAAAAAAAAAUUCAAAACAAUUUUUCCUACUGCUUAUUUACAACAGCUUUUGUUAACAAUGAUCAAGAUGUAACUGCAAGUAAAUUUAAU